CCAUCUCUGUUCCUCUCACAACAGUUCCUGUUGUACAUAACCUUGCGUUGUACCUGUAUGAAAUGGCAGCCACUAGCAUUUCUGUAGAACAGGAGCAGUUUAGUUGUCCAGUAUGUCUAGAUGUGCUACAGGACCCAGUGACAAUCCCCUGCGGACACAGUUAUUGUAUGGACUGUAUUGAGGGCUACUGGAACAAGGACAAGCAGAAAGGGAUAUUCUGCUGCCCUCAGUGUAGGCAGACUUUCAGUCCUAGACCAACACUGAGCAGGAGUACAGUCCUAGCAGAGGUGGUGGAGAAGUUUCAAGGGUCCGGAUUACGUGGAACGCCUCUACAGCCAAGUGCCAAGACUGAGGAUGUUGUGAAAUGCGAUAUUUGCUCUAGUAAAAAGAGCAAAGCCGUGAAAUCUUGUCUCGUUUGCUUGGAAUCUUAUUGUGACGCUCACUUGAUGGCACACGAGGUACAAUUUUGUGGGAAAACACACAAACUGAUCCAAACUUUGGGCUCACUGAAAGAGAAGCUGUGUCCACAUCAUAACAAACUGCUCAGAGUCUAUUGUCGAACUGACCAGCAGUGUGUCUGCACUGUUUGUACAAAGGAGAGCCACAAGGACCAUGACACCGUCUCAGUCGUAGCAGAGAGGAAAACUCAACAGAAACAGCUAGAUGAGGCUUCCUUAAAAUCCAUACAUAAAUGUAAGGAGAUUGAAAAGAAGCUUAAGCAAAUUAUCAGAUACAUCAAGCAUGCCACCGAGACAGGCAUGGAGGAGAGCGAGAGGGUCUUCUCCAAGCUGAUCCGCUCCGUCGAGAGAAGGCGCUCUGAGGUGAGAGAGGAGAUGCGGGCCCAGGAGAAGGCUGCUGUCGGCCAGGCAGAAACCCAACUGGAGAAGCUGGACAGGGAGCUCGCUAAACUGAGGAAGAGUGACUCGGAGCUAGAGCAGCUUUCACACACCGAGGACCACAUUUAUUUCCUCCAGAGGUGCAGGUCCCUCGAUCAGCCUCCCCAGUCUGUGGAUCUGCCCUGCAUUAACGUCCAUCCAUGCUUUGUGGACAAAAUCCUGAGAGGAGCCCUUGUUGACUUGCACGAUCGAUUACAGGAAGUGUGUGAGAAGGAAAUCGACAGGAUCUCUGAUAAGAUAAAGGAAGAAAGCCCACAUCAGGAAUCAAAUCCACAAUCCACUACAACUCUUCAGAGAGGUAUGUCUGGGGGAAAUGGAAGAACAUUUAACACGGUAGUAUUAAACCAAGCAAUUUACAGCAUAAUCACCCAAAAUCUGUCUCUGACAGCAAACAACAGUACCACAGCCAACACGGAGCCAAAAACCAGGUCAGAAUUCCUACAAUAUUGCAGUGACAUGGUGCUGGACGUCAACACAGCAAACCCCUACCUGCGCGUGUCUGACGGGAGGAAGGGGGCGACCACACUGUCAGAGUCCCAGCUGUACCCGGACAACCCGGAGCGCUUCACCAGCUGGGCCCAGGUGCUGUGUCGAGGGCCCCUGACCGGACGCAGGUACUGGGAGGUGGAGUGGGAGGGCUCCAGGGGGGUCUCCGUAGGAGCGUGCUACAAAGGGAUGACCAGGACAGGGGGAGGGAGCGACAGCAAGCUGGGACACAAUUCCAAGUCCUGGAGCCUGGACUGCUCCAAUCUCGGUUGCUCUUUCCAACACAACAAGGACAGUACAGCUGUAGGUGUCCCGUGCUCCAACAGGAUAGGAGUGUUUCUGGACCACGGGUCUGGAACGCUGUCUUUCUACAGCGUCUCUGAUAAGAUGACUCUGCUUCAUAGGACCAAGACCACGUUCACUCAGCCUCUCUACCCCGGCUUCUGGAUGGGACUGGGGUCCACCUUGAAACUAGGCUCUCCUCACAAACGUGUUGUUUGGUCAUGAAACUAAUGAUUUAACGGUGUACUUUGUAGAUACAAUUUUAUGGAUUUUAAUGUACUUUUUCUAUGUACAGGGUUCCUGCAGGUUUCAGUAAGUCAAAUUUAAGACAUUGGGUUAGGGCCUAAACCACAACGACCUGGGUUCAAAUUCAGCACAGCGUAGUGCCAAACACAUCCGUGGGCCCAGAUCCCUGUAACCACAGCGCACUCCCCGACUGUCCAGAUCCCCUCUCCCAACCGUCCCACCAGGAAAGGCUCAACCAAGAGUCUAAAAAUAAAUGUACCUUUUAUCAGUUUUAUUUAUAAGUCGAAGAGCAAAACAUUUAGCUGUAAGAAUAUCCUUCAGCCAGAUUUGAACACCAGAUCCCCCACAUAGUAGCCCACAUCCUUAACCCGAGCUAUCAGGGAUCAUAACAAUCUCCACUCAACAUUUAAAUUUGACAUUGAAAUAUCUAGAUGUAACAACCUGCAGAGUUGGGGUGUCAUAAAACCAGAAGAAAGCAGGGCUCCCUGUUAACUCACUGGGUUAGUGUGCGUGCUCUUUCAUACAUGCUGAGGCAGUACCGCAACAGACUGGGUUCAAAUCCAAAUUUUAAAUGUUUAUUUGAACUUAAGUUACAUUGUGGUCAUGUGAGAUGUUGGAAUUCACCUUCAGUUUAAUAAUGUACAUCUUUGCCCUCUAAAUUAAUGAAGGAAGAGACAUGUUUGUACUUAAAGCUCAACAUUUUAUUGAUAACCGAACAAGCCGAGAGCAACAGUAACAUUUCUGAUGAGAGACUUAGAUCUUGUUAAAGGCAGCAAUGUCAACACUCUGGACCUGAAACCAAACAAAAACCGGACAUCAGUAUCCAUCUUUCACUUAUGGAUUAUUUCAAGUGCUGUGUAUGUUAGGAGUUGUAUGUAUAAGCAUGCAUGUUAGAGCAUAUGCAAUAUUAAUUGACCAAGUAGGUUUGUGUCAUUUGUCAUAUUAAAACAAUUGUUGUUGAUGAAGUGUGAAUUCAGGCAUCAGUCUCUGACCUGGGAACGACAUAGGUGGAUGUCCUGGGAGCUGUGUACUUACAUAGUCUUCAAACUGGGUGAUCUCCUCCUCCAGCAUGUCUGUGCCCACCUUGUCGUCCUCCACCACGCAGGAGAUCUGCAGCUUCUUGAUGCCGUAGCCCACGGGCACCAGCUUGGACUGGCCCCACAGCAGGCCGUCCAUCUGAACCGUGC